UGGAGAAAAAAAAAAAAAAAAACAGACACCAAACAGCAACCCAAACCCUAAGUGUUUGGGUGUUGCUGCUGCACUUUGUUUGAAGUUGCUGUGUUACUGCUGCUUCUGCUGGCGGCGUAUACUUUGCUGACGCCACCGUAGCCGCUGUUGUUUUUGUUUUUAGUUUUUAAGUUUUUUUUUUUUUUUGCUUAUCCUACGGGAGGUGAAAUCUUUGCUGCACAGUGAUCCCCACAGAAUCCUUCAAAACGGCGACCAUAACGAACUCCGCCUUAGCAAUGAGCCAACUCGGCACCGUUUAUGCCACCAAACGGAGGCGACGCAAUGGCAAAAGUUUAAAACCACCCCCCAAAGAUGGCGUCACAAAAAGUAAUCCCUCAAAACGUCAUCGAGAGCGUUUAAAUGCCGAAUUAGAUUUAUUGGCGUCAUUGUUGCCAUUCGAACAGAAUAUUUUAAGUAAAUUGGAUCGACUGAGCAUAUUAAGGCUGUCUGUUAGUUAUUUAAGGACAAAAAGUUAUUUUCAAGUUGUUAUGCAUAAGGAAAAGGAGGAAAAUGGUGGCAAUUCAGUUUUACCUCAUAUACACGCACAUGAUGGCUAUCGGACACGAGAGUUGGGAGCUUUCGAACAUGGUCUAUUAGAUGGUGAUAUGUUCCUGCAGGCUUUAAAUGGUUUUCUCAUGAUACUCACCUGUGAUGGCGAAGUAUUUUUUGCCACACACAGUAUUGAAAGUUAUCUGGGGUUUCAUCAGUCUGACAUUGUACACCAAUCGGUGUAUGAAUUGGUACACUCCGAGGAUCGCGAGGAACUGCAAAGACAAUUACUAUGGAAUUCUUUUUUACCCGCUGACAUGUCUAGUAUGCAAUUAGCCGAAACAUUGGCUCCCGACAAGGCCCUGUAUUUGGAGCGUAGUUUUACAGUGCGUUUCAGAUGUCUGUUGGACAAUACCUCGGGGUUUUUGCGCCUUGAUAUACGGGGGCGUAUCAAAAUUCUCCAUGGUCAAAAUCGCAAGACCGAAGAGCCCCCUUUGGCUUUAUUUGCCUAUUGUACACCGUUUGGACCACCCAGUUUGUUGGAGAUACCCCAUAAGGAGAAUAUGUUCAAGUCGAAACAUAAAUUGGAUUUUUCAUUGGUUUCCAUGGAUCAGAGAGGCAAACAUAUUUUGGGUUAUUCCGAUGCUGAGUUGGUCAAUAUGGGCGGCUAUGAUUUGGUGCAUUAUGAUGAUUUGGCCUAUGUGGCGAGUGCUCAUCAAGAACUUCUUAAAACUGGUGCUUCCGGUAUGAUUGCCUACAGAUACCAAAAGAAAGAUGGCGAAUGGCAGUGGCUGCAAACGAGCUCUCGCUUGGUUUAUAAGAAUUCCAAACCCGAUUUUGUCAUUUGCACACAUCGAGUACUCAUGGAUGAGGAAGGUUUCGAUUUGCUGGGCAAAAGGACCAUGGAUUUUAAAGUCAGCUACUUGGAUACGGGUUUGGCUUCCACCUAUUUCUCAGAAGCCGAUCAAUUGGUGGUGCCGCCCAGUGGUUCGCCCAACUCCUUGCCACCACCAGUGACACCUACAAGACCAAAUCGCCGUUAUAAAACACAAUUAAGAGACUUUCUUUCCACCUGCCGUUCGAAACGUAAAAUGCAGCAACAAAAUCAGCAAUCCUCUCCCUUGGGGCAGGUCACUUCUCCCGCUCCCGUUGUUGAAUAUCUUCCAGAUCCUGCUGCCGCCGUAGCGGCUGCCUAUUCCAAUCUCAAUCCCAUGUAUACCACAUCGCCAUAUGCCACUGCAGCGGAUAAUAUUUAUAUGGGCACCUCGGUGCAUUCCACAAAUUUCUAUCCAGUAACCGAAAAUCUCUUCCAUCAGUAUCGCUUGCAAGGUGUGAGUGGCUAUUAUGCUGAUUACCAUCAUUCGGCGGCCCCGGCCUCAGCUUAUGUGGCGGCCAAUGGGUUUUUAUCCUAUGAUGGUUACACUAUAACCUCUAAGGAGGAGAAAUGGCAGGAUAGUAGCAAGUAUUAUAGUGGCUAUAGCAGUGGUUAUGGUAGUCCCACUUCAACGCCGCAGCAAGUUCCUUUGAAAACGCCAAAGUCUUCGCCCCAUGUCAUGGAGGUGGUUUCCUGUUCCUCGAAUGGUCCUUCUCCCGUUGGUGGUGGAGCCAUAGUGAAUAAUCUCAAUAACUCACAUAGCUCUUCGAAUGCCCACUCCAAUGGGCCUUCGGCGGUGAUAACACCCAAAGUGGAAAUGGCCUCCCAGGAUCAAUAUGAACGCCAAACAGUGCUGAUGUGGGGUUCUCAGUCCAGUGGUAUACCCAUUAACACUCUCCACACUUCCUCCUCCACAGCUUCGGCAACGAAUAGACACAGCGUUCAGGAGCGUUCACCCCAAACUACUCCCUUGUCCAAUGGCUUGGCCUAUGCCAAUGACAGCGAAUCAACAGCCAAAUGGAAUGGUUCUGCAUCAAAGGAGGCCAAAAGUUCUUCCACCCCUGAUUCCAGCUAUCAAAUGCAUCAUGAUGACUCCGGCCUUUACUCGGCCUCAUCGCACACCACCUCACCUCAACAUCGUCUCAGCAGCAGUGGCAGCAGUUCUGGCGGUGGCGGAGGAACAGGACCUGGUGGUUCUUCUCUAUCGCACAAUACGAUCAUGCUCAGCCAACAGUCACAACAACAACAGCAACAAGUAUUACAACUCAGUCCCUAUAACCAUCAUCAUCACCACCACCAUGCUGGCCACCACCAUCAUCAUCACAUACAACCGUUAGCCUCCUUGGGAGGAUCAGUGGGCCAAUGUAAUAGUACGAUUAUAACCACGGCAGCAGCAUCGGCCAGUUCUUCGCCUUCCUGUACCUCACCCAUACAGACACAACAAUUACCGGCCAUUAGCAGUGUUAUCAAUGGCUUAAAUGGUGGCAAUAAUGGUGGGGGCACCACAAUACAUCACAAUGGCUCAACGGGUGGAGUAACGGUGACCGCAGCACCACCCUAUCAUCAAUUGGCCAUUAUAGCUUCGCCCAUAGUUAUAACCUCAACGACGUUGGAUAAUCCCUCAGAGCUAGGGGCCCAAGGUGUGGCACUACAGUCCCUCAGCUCUGGCCGUGUAGGCACUCUAAAUCGUACAGGUGAUAUAUGUACUUCAGCCUAUAAAUCGCGUAAUGUGGCAGCCACCGCUGCGGUGAUGCAUCCUUCAGCUUUGGCCUAUGCCACAAAUGCCUAUGUAAUCGGUGCCGGACCGACAGCAACCACAUGUGCCACAGCUUCUCUGGGUGGUCUGGAGCAGCAGCAAAUGGAUGGCAGUCCUUUGCUAUCGUUCUCGGAGGUGACAAACACUUUGUUGAAUCAAUAAAACGAAGUCCCAAAAUGGUAAAAGAAGCCAUUCAUAGCAGAACAAGUGGCAACAGAAACCGAUUAUUAAACUUUUGUAAGAAAUUUUCCAAAAUGUCAAGGCCAAAGAAUUGCCAAUAUUUUAAAAAAGUCAAAAAUCGAUUUUUUUUUUGCUUUUUAAUCGAAAUUUCAGCCAGAUAAGUCAUUUAUUGAUGCUUGCUAUUAUAUGUUAACGCAUGAUAUCGAUAACUGUGUAUUCCAUCCCGUACAUCUGAUUUGCACUAAUUAAGACAAAGAUAACCCGAAUUGAUUUCAGAUUAUCUUAUAAUGGCCGUUUUAAUUUUUUCAUAAUCGAUAAAAGCGAUAACACUUGUCGUGAUUUAUUCUAGUUCCAUCCAGUUCAAGUCAGAUAUGAUGAAUAGAUAUACAGUGCAAAGUUGUACUAUAAAGUAAUCGACAUCAUGCGAUAACAGCCGAUAACAUGUGAUUUGCACUGUAUAGAACUAAA